AUGGAACAAGCCGAGGCCUCUAGAGCCGUCUUUCACAGCUACCUGCGCGCCUUCUAUCCAUUUCUUCCCACCGGAGAUGUCUCUCCGUCGACGAUUAUCCUUCCACUCGACCAGGGCGAUAUCAUCCUGGUUCACUCCGUUCACACCAAUGGCUGGGCCGACGGCACCUUGUUAGAUACUGGAUAUCGAGGCUGGCUCCCUACUAAUUAUUGUGAAAAAUAUGACCAAUUCCCUAUGCGUCCCUUGUUGAAAGCACUGACAGACUGUUGGGACAUUAUGCGAGGAGGAUGUGGCUCAUCACUCAAGGAUUUUAGCAACCAAGACUUGACGCAAGGCCUUAUUGCUGGUGUUCGUUUGCUUUUAGAAAGGUCCGAGUGCUUGACUCGGGAGGCACCCCUCGUCAAGAAGUAUGAUGUGCUUCGCCGGAUCCGCAAGGCUUUGCUUUCCAGUCUUUCGUCAUUUGUUAGGACCGCUCAGCGCUUUCGGCAUGUUGCCAAUGGCGCCCCAAUGGAGGAUGAGGUCGAGGCAAUUCUGGAUGAGAUGCUUCUCAAGGCUUUCAAGAUUGUCACCUGUGGCGUUCGCUUCCUGGAUAUUUGGAAUGACGAGGUCGGUCUAAGUAGGACAAUUGCCAAGAUAGAAACAGCCGGUACUCAAUUCGAUAUACCCCCGACAAAGCGUAUCUUGGUAUCCCCGCGGGUUUCAUCUUCUGGUCCUUCGUCGACUCUUCGUGUGCACAAUCUUGCGUCGGAGCGUCUAGAAACCACAUAUGAUGCUUUACUGGAUGCGCUAGGAGCUUUUAUCGGCAUUCAUUUACAGCACUCGCCAGCUAUACCCACAAUUACCCAACAGGCCGUCCAGUCUUGUCAGGCUUUGCUAAAUGUGAUCGAUACCGUCUGUGAGCAUAAUUCCCAGCGAACUAGGCUACUGCAUACGGCACGCGAGUCGAUGCGAGAGAAGCUGUCGGAGCUGGUCCACGCCGCGCGCGACAUGUUCCAACCUGACAAAUCUCACGACGAUGAUGACGACAACAAAAACGACCUGGUCUUCAUACCCCAUGAGGGGAAACGAAUGGUCGACGCUGCAACGGAUUGUGUCUGCACCGCUAACAAUUGCCUGGUCGAGGCUCGCCUGGUGCUGCAGCAAAUCGGUGACAUCGAAUUGGACUCGCAAAGCUUGCAAAGUGCCACAUCGCGGGAGCACUUAGAUGCCACAGACUUUUGUUUGCCUGAAACUUCCAUUUUGGAACAAGAGUUCUCUUCCACAAUUGGGUCGGAGCCUCAAUAUGUGUCUGAUCCAGUAUUUUCUUCGGGUCAACAUUCUACCCUGGACACUCGAACAGCUUUGACAGGCCUGACCGCUCCCACGGCUCCAAUAUCUUCAGAAUCGGAGACGGACGACAGACAAACAAUAUAUUCUGAUACCUUGACCAAAGAAGCUUACGUUGAUGAGCUCGCUCAUGAGCUUUUCAAAGCCGUUUCUUCUUUCCGAUUAGACUCUGCAUCCAUGAAACAUGUCGCCGAUGCCAUGCCUGACUGCCUGAAAGCCUUUUCAUCGAGACUCGGGUGUUUUGGCUCAACUGAACAGGUCCAGCAAGACGUGACUGUGUUCAUUCACAAAUACAGACAGUGA